GCAGAGCUGGUUGACCGGACCGGUUGAGUCUGUCGUGUGCUCGGGCGGAGGGUCUGGUAUUGGGCUUGUUGUUGGGCUGGAGUUUGUUUGUGUUUUGUUCUCUACUCCUAUUCAAGGUUUUAGCUUUCCUCUUCCCUAUCCCCAAUUCUCCACCUUUCUUUCCAUUUAACAUUUUCACUGAAGACCUUAAACCCUAAACCUCACUCCAUGGCGCGCCUAAUCCGACCUCUAAGAAACUCCAUUUCUCGUCCCUCUUCUUCUUCCAAAAUCCUAUUUCCCCAGUUACCCAGUUUACGUCUUGCACCAGAAAAACAAGCCCCCCUCUUAAACCCCAAGCUUCCAUCACCACAGAGCGCAAGAACUUACAUCUCUGAAAUGCGCAAAUCGGCUUUCGAAGGCAACAUGCUCAGACUCCUACGCAAUGAAAUCCAAUAUGAACUCGAUCGCUCUCCUCCUAAUCAGCCAGUUUCAGAAUUCAACUCAUUUACAGUUGACAACCGGUCUGGCGAGCAAUGGAUAAGCUUGAAGAGAAAAUUUGGACAUAAUGAAGAGAUAAAGAUUGAAGCCACCAUGUUUGAUGGAUCUGUUCCUAUUACAAAAUCCGGAGGCGGUGGUGUUGGUGGAGGCCUUGGAGAAGAUGUGCAACUUCACAUUACUAUGGUUGUCAAUAUCUCCAAGGAGGAAGGUGGCAAUGCAUUGGAGAUUAUGUGCUCGGUAUGGCCAGAUACUAUAGAGAUCAACAAGCUAUUCAUACGAAAAACUGAGAACAUGCCAGCUCAGCCCUAUACGGGUCCUGAAUUCAGGGAACUUGAUGAUGAGUUGCAAGACUCGCUUUACGAAUUCUUAGAAGCAAGGGGUAUAAAUGAUGAUCUUGCUAUUUUCUUGCACUCAUAUAUGAAGAACAAAGAUAAAACUGAGUUCAUUAGAUGGAUGGGAACUGUGAAAUCAUAUAUUGAAAAGAAGAAGAGGUCAUAAUCAGAUUUAAGACUACUUGUGGUGGUGCGUAGGUAGAUUCUGCUCCUUGGAUCAUACUGCUCUGAAGUUGUGGACUGAAUUCCAUUCUCAUAUAAUGUCUGCAUCUACUUUUACAUGUUUUAAUAGCAGGUAUCAUUACAUGGUCUACCGUCGUUACUCUCUUUUGUUCAGUGUUAAUUAACACUCUUUUCUAGGGAUAUUGAUAGGCAAAUUAAGUUCGUAUGAUAAUGUUUGUGUACCAAGUAAGCUAAAUUGCAAUUAAGCAAACACUAACAAGUUUUGUUGUUGUCUUCAACUCUUCAAGUAGUGGUCCUAGACUCCUAGCAAGCUUUAUGAAGAUGCUUUACAGUAUUAUCUGAGGCUAGUGAACUUCACAUUCCACUAUGAUGUAUGAUCAUUGCUUGACACCCAUGUUUAUGGUGUAUAUUGGUCAAACAUGGAUAGGAUCCAAGUCUUAUCCACUUUAGUUGAAUAUGAUCAAUUCAAAUCUGAUGUCAUGUUAUUUGGGGUAUCUUGGCUGGUCUGUAUCAGAUUUUGUCACCUCUAUCUACUGAAUUUAGUGUAGACUAUAAUUCCAGUUUAUCAGUAGGAGUCCACAGUGUUCUGAGCAAGAACGACGACAG